AUGGUCAAAUUAUUACUAGAAAAACUAGAUAAAUAUAUCGAUCCUUUCAAUAAAAUUGAAGCUUUUCAGUUUGCUACUGAUUACAAUGAUCCUGAAUUAUCAUUUGAUCAGAAUCCGCUUGCUUCAAUAGUAGCUGCUGUGAACCAAAACAGAAUAGAAGUUUUUAAAAAAAUGGCUUCACAAAACGCUGUUCGUCUUGAAUAUUUACUCGAAGUCGCCAUUCAGUAUAAUAGGUACGAAUUUGUGGAGUGUUUGAUUGAUAUCGGCGCUGAUGUCAAUUAUCAUUCUCGGCCUUUACAUAUGGCCAUUGAAAACGAAAAUAUACCGAUAAUUGAAUUAUUUAUAAAGAAAGGAGCUGAUACGGCUCGACUUCCGGAAUUUGGAAAGCUUACUUUGGAAAUUGCUUGUGAUACGAAGAAUAUUAAAAUCAUUGAGAUAUUAAUUGCCGCAGGUGCUGAUGCGACUGAAACGUUCGAUAUUAAUAACUCACUUCAUUUUGCAGUUAUUCAAAAUAAUUAUGAAAGAAUCGAAAACUUAGCCAAAAAUGGAGCAGAUAUUAACAACACUGUAUAUUUCAAUAAAUCACCAUUAAUUUUAGCCAUAGACGAAGGUAAUAAACCAGUGGUAGAAUUAUUAAUUAAGAAUGGAGCUGAUAUUCAUUUUGUCACUGACUAUGCAGAAACUGCGAUUGUUGCGGCCAUUGAUAACAAUAAUUUAGAGUUAGUUGAAAUAAUAAUGGAGGCAGGAGUUGAUAUUAAUAAUGCCUCCGGACCACUAGCUCCGUUGAGCCGAGCAUGUCAUAAAAAUAACUAUGAAAUAUGUGAAUAUUUAAUAAAACGCGGUGCUAACGUCAAUGGUGUUAUUGGAGAUUGUUCGCCAUUACAGGAAGCCGCUGGACAUGGAAACAAAGAAAUGAUUGAGUUACUCAUCAAAAAUGGCGUUAAUGUGAACUAUGAGGCCAAAUUUUGUAGUUUAGCUUUAGAAACUGUUUGUGAGUAUAAUAAUCUUGAAUUAGCAAAAAUAUUAAUUGACGCCGGUUCGGAUGUUAUUAUAUCAUUAGAUCAUUAUGCCCCAUUAAAAUCAGCUAUCAAGCUUAACAAUCAAGAAUUGGCUGAGUACCUAAUCAACUAUUGUACUAAUGCUAACAUUACUUGCAAUUAUUCAGCGGCAUUAAUAUGUGCUAUUCAAGAGUACAGAAAGGAAAUGGUGGAAUUACUGAUAAAAAAUGGUGCCAACAUUGAUUCCACGCCAGAAUAUAAGUAUUCACCUCUUUGCUCAAGUAUUUGGAACCGCAGUUCUGAAAUAACAAAAAUUUUAGUAAAAGCUGGCGCUGAUAUAAAUCUGCUUACAGAAAAAUGGACACCAUUAAUUGAAGCUGUAAGAAUGAAAGACUACAAAAUGGCUGAGUACUUGAUAGAAAAUGGUGCUGAUGUAAAUCCUCAUGACGGUUAUGAAACGCCACUAGCUAUUGCUAUUCGGGAACAUAAAAACGACAUCGUUAGAUUAUUAGUUAGGCAUAAUGCUAAUGUUAAUAUUGAGGCAGCCAAUGGACAAACAAUUCUGGCUUAUGCUAUCCAGGAAAACAAUUUUGAAUCAACUGAAAUAUUAAUUAAUGCUGGCGCUGAUGUAAGUGUCACUAUUAAUAAUGUUGGAUCAUUAUUACAUUUGGCGCGUUGUCGAUCUGGACCAGAAGUUAUUAGUCUAUUGCUCGAUGUUGGUGUUGAUAUCAAUUACGUCAACGAAUAUGGUCAGAUGGCAAUUGAUAUUUACUCAGAUAUUCAAAACGCCCAGACAUUAAUUGAGCAGCAUGUUAUUAAAUUAAAAGCUGCCAAUUUAUAUCUUAUCGAUAAAUGUUUAGAUGCUGUGAAAGAUGAUCAAUUCAAUGAUUUUUACGCCGAGUGCUUGGAUGAAAUUGAUUUUUUGAAGACACAAUGGUUCUCCUGGAAAAUGAGUUUCUAUGAUAUUUUACACUCGUGUGUGAAUAAAAUAUCUCGAAGAAUUAGAUACAUCAGUAGAGAUGAUAUUAUUUUAGAUCAAAAGUCAUUACCUAGUAAAUUUAAGCUGUAUGGAGGAAUUAUUUACUAUCGUGUGUUAAAAGCUGAACCGCGUAAAAAAUUGUUAGUUCGUGCUGAUAAAAUAAUUUCUGAUUUAUUUGGUCAUUUGCUACAAGAUAUUUACGUACAAGAUAUUUUGGACUUUUUUAGUGAUGAGGAACUUAAGAUUUUGUGUGGUCUCAAUUAA